GACUUCACUUCAGAACAGCUUACUGACCCGAGACAGAGCAGCAAAGAUACACACCAGAGGAAUCCGAUAUUCAAACCAUCACUCCCACAACAAAAAGUUCUCCGAGUCUAGUCCUUUGGUGAAAAGAACUCUUGAAGUCAUGAUUGCUUCACAGUUUCUCUCUGCUCUCAUUUGUGUGCUUCUUAUUAAAGAGAGUGGAGCCUGGUCUUACAACGCCUCCACGGAAAACAUGACUUACGAUGAGGCCAGUGCAUACUGUCAGCAGAAGUACACACACCUGGUCGCCAUUCAAAACAAAGACGAGAUCGACCACCUGAACUCGAUAUUGAGCUACUCACCAAGUUACUACUGGAUUGGAAUCAGAAAAGUCAAUAACGUGUGGAUCUGGGUGGGAACCCAGAAACCCCUGACUGAAGAAGCCAAGAACUGGGCUCCAGGAGAACCCAACAACAAGCAAAAGAACGAGGACUGUGUGGAAAUCUACAUCAAGAGGAACAAAGACACGGGCAUGUGGAAUGACGAGAGAUGCAGCAAGAAGAAGCUGGCUCUGUGCUACACAGCUGCCUGCACCGAUGACUCCUGCAGUGGCCAUGGUGAGUGCGUGGAGACCAUCAAUAACUACACCUGCAAGUGCCACCCCGGCUUCAGCGGACUCAAGUGUGAGCAUGUUGUGACCUGUAAAGCUCAGAAAGACCCCGAGCAUGGACGCCUGGUUUGCAGCCACCCAUUUGGGAAGUUUAGCUACAAUUCUUCUUGCUGGGUCAGCUGUGAAAGGGGCUACCUGCCUAGCAGCGUGGAGCCCACACAGUGUGCAUUCUCCGGGGAAUGGACUAGGCCUCAACCAGCCUGCAAGGUGGUCGAGUGUGAUGCUUUGACAAAGCCUGACAGUGGGGUCAUGGACUGCUUGCCCGGCCCUGACAGCUUGCCUUGGAACACAACCUGUAUAUUUGGCUGUGAGGAAGGAUUUGAACUCAUGGGCGCCCGGAGCCUUCAGUGUACCUCAUCUGGGAAAUGGGACAACGAGAAGCCCACGUGUAAAGCUGUGACGUGCAGCGCCAUCCACCAGCUUCAGAAUGGCUCUGUGAAGUGCAGCUCUUCCAGUGCUGGGAAGUUUGCCUUCAAGUCAUCCUGCGACUUCAUCUGUGAUGAAGGCUUCAUGCUGCAGGGGCCAGCCCAGGUUGAAUGCACAGCACAAGGGCAGUGGACACAGCAAGCCCCAGUUUGUGAAGCAGUGAAAUGUGAUGCUGUCCGCCCACCCCCACAGGGCGUGGUGAGGUAUACCCAUUCCCCUUCUGGAGAAUUCACCUAUAAGUCCAUCUGUGCCUUGAGCUGCAAGCAAGGCUUUGAAUUACACGGAUCAGCUCAACUUGAGUGUACUUCUCAGGGACAGUGGACAGAGGAGGUCCCCUCCUGCCAAGUGGUUCAAUGUUCAAGUCUGGCAGUUCUGGGAAAGGUCAACAUGAACUGCAGUGGGGAGCCUGUGUUUGGCGCCGUGUGCAAGUUUGCGUGUCCUGAAGGGUGGACCCUCAACGGCUCUGCGGCUCUGACGUGUGGUGCCACAGGACACUGGUCUGGGAUGCUGCCUACCUGCGAAGCUUCCCCUGAGUCCAACAAUCCCUUGAUAAUUGGACUUUCUGUUACUGGAGCGUCCAUCAUGACAUUGACAUCAUUUCUCCUCUUGCUUCUGAAAUACUUGCGGAAGAAAGUAAAGAAAUUUGUUCCUUCAAGUAGCUGCCAAAGUCUUGAAUCAGAUGGAAGCUACCAAACGCCUUCUGACCUCAUUAAAGUUUAAAAGAAUCAGGAACACAGGUGCAUCCAGAUACCCAGGUCAUACUCUGAAGACAGCAGAGACAGAGGGCUCUCCUCGGGUCUCUGGCCCUUCUCGCCUACUCUACCUACUGCCUCGACAGCCGGGAUCAAGGCACCCACCAUAACUUCAAUGGAUCCAGUGGCCAAGGCCAGCCUUCCACCAAGAAGACUCAUUUUUCUCUUUCUGAAUUUCAGUAUCAAGAAAGUGCUAUUAAAAGGAAGGGUCGUUGUCCUCCAAACAAGAGGAAGAGACCAAGACUGUGGAAUCUCAGAUUUCUUUUCCUUGGUCUCCCUUGCUCACUGUGGGAUCUCAGUGGAGAAACAAUAUUUUCUGGCUUUGUUUAUUUUGCCUUCAGAGCGUUUCAAAUGAUGAUUACAUAAAUGCUGUCAUGGGGAUGAAUCUUAAGUAUCCAGAGAGGGAACAAAUUGGCCAAAAUUAUUCUAACUUGAAAAGAAAUGACAGAUUUUUAAUGCCCACUGGUGACGGCUUGGGGGCAUAUGGCUGUGAACGAUGCAAAUCCUACUUAAUGCUCUGUGUGAGGAUUGCUAAACACAGUUUUAAUCACUUUUGUCCCCAUGGGAUUCAGUGCUUUUUCAAGGUCUCUUGAAGACUAUAGCCUUAUUUGAAGUGAAUGAAGUGCAAUCUUCUACAAUUCUUAAUUCAGUACCGUGUAGUAGACACUUAAAAAAAUGUUUGUAAAUAUUGUGAACUGUGAUAGGGUAGAAUUUACAUGUCCUUGAUCACCACCUCAUUGUUUCUUAACAAAUUGUUACAUCUUUAGUAAAUUUACUUCAAAAAAGGGCACAUGUGGUCCCCUAGCGUAAUGUUAACUAGUAUAAAGUUAUGAGUGUUUUACUAUAGUUGUUAAAAAUGUGGUAUCAGGACAGUAAACUCUGAGUGGAAGAUUUGUAUAUUGCCAGGUAUUUUUUCAGAAAUGUGAGGUUUCCAUGAUGGAAAACUUUCAGGAGACCAAAUUUUCUGAUUUGAUAGAAGUGCAAAUGCAAACAAAGGUACAAUUUUAAUGAAUGUCUAUGUUGAGAAAAAAAUGUGGGCUGGGCUUUGCAUUCCUACUAAGAUGUCUGUCAGAAGUGGUGUGUAAAUUUUGUAUAGUAUGUACAGUUUUAAAUCCGUAACAGGAACUCACCAUGUAAAAGAUCCAUCUAGUAGAUUUUUAAAAAGCAAAAAUGUAUGAUAAUUAUUCUCUAUGUGUUUUAUUCUGUGUGUUGGUGUGUUCUGAAAGAGAGGAAAGUCUGUGUGAGCAGGUAUUUAUGUUUAUUUAUAAGCAGAUUUUAAAAUUCCUAAGGAAUCUUCAGUUAUCAUUUGAUCACUGCCAGUGGGAAAUUCUUGGUCAGUCAUCGCCAAAGAUGCUCCAGCCUCGGAGAGUGAGAAUCAAAAUUCUCCCACACUUCCCUUAACCCAGUAUGUAUUGAAAAAGGAGUGUCAGAGAAGAGCUGAACAGUAAACACAGCCUACAGUCAAUGUGGAGUGUGAUGAGGAUCAGAACAGAGCACGGUUUUUGUGGGACAGAAGACCUUUGGGAAAAAAGAGACAGAGAAAGCAAGAACAACUGUUGUGAUCAGGCUACAUAGGAAAUGAACUAUUAUUUUCUCUGAGAUUAUUCAAAUAUAAAUAUUUAUAUAUACUGCAUUAGAAGUAGCUGUGUGAAAUAUAAAUAUAGUCUGUGUUUGAGUUUUAUGAGGUAUUUUAAAUUGUGAUUUAAAAUAUUUUACAGUUUUUUUAAAGUAUGUAUUUAUUUAAGCUUACCUCAGAUUUAUUGUAUUUGAUAUCACACCACAAA